AUGACAGGUACACACCCUUUAUACGUUCCAACAUCUCCUAUUUUCCCACCAGAAAAGGAUUAUGAUGUUCCCAUGGAUUAUACACCACUGACACAUAGUGGAUCCUUACAAGUUUUUAUUAAAUUAGUAGAACCAGCUAUUUUUUUGCAGGGAUUUGAAUCUUCUGGCACAAAACAGUCGUCAUUAUCAUCUCAAACCAACUCAUCUUCAUCUAUUUUAAGAGGUUCUUUGAUUAUACGAGUGUUAAAACCAACUAAGUUGAAAUCUAUUAAAUUAAAUUUAAAAGGUUACUGUAGAACUGAAUGGCCAGAGGGAAUCCCACCCAAAAAGCAUGAAUUCGUUGAAAUAAAUGAUGUUAUCAAUCAUACAUGGCCAUUUUAUCAGCACGAUCAUUUUAAAUAUAUUCCAAUAUCAACAAAUACAAAUAAUAAUAUCGAUAAUAAUAGUAAUAUUCAUGUUGAGUAUCUUUUGAAAAACAGUAGUGCUGCAAUGUAUCAGCCUUUGCCUAAAAAUGUUUUACAGUCACAUUCUAAUAGUACAACAGAUGGCACAUUGGCUACAAUAAACGCAUUACAUGAGUUUACUUUAUCCCCUGUGUCCUCCAUUAUUAAUGUCCCAUCAUCUUCACAUGGAAGUUCAUUAACUUCAACAAGUAACUCCACUACUAAUUCUAAUACUGCUAAUACUAAGAAAGAUGUACGACACUCAAGAAAAAUAGAUUCGUCUCCAAAAAAUGGAUCCAUUAGAUCAUUAUCACCGUUAAGUUUAUUCAGAAGAGCAUCAACCCAUAUAGAUGCCUCUAAUAAACAAAUGACAAAUAAAUUGAAUCCUUAUAUGUCACAAAACUCUAAUAAUUCAGCUGGAAUAAAAACAUCACAUAGUGAUAAUAAACUAAUUCCUCCCACACAAAUAAACUCAAUAUUCACCGAUCUGUUUGGAAUCUCUACUCCAGGCAAUUCAACAUCUCAAAUUAACAAUGUCAAUAUAUCUACCCAUACUAAUAAUCGUAGAAUAAGCAACGCAUCUACAUCAAACACUACCAAUCAGUUGUGUCCUAAUAGUUCUUCAAAGCAUAGCAUAGAUACAUUAACACUUUCAAGUAAUAACAAUAAUACUAAUACUGAGCAAACUUCUGAUAUUAUAAGUUUAGGAAAUGCAUCACAAAGUGCUACUGUAAAAGAAAUUCAAUUUACUAAAAGUACAGAGCCCCACGACUCUUUUACAUUUGAACCGGGUGAUUAUAUAUACACUUUUGAACAAGUAAUAUCUCCAACUUAUCCUGAAUCGAUAAGGGCCGAUUAUGGUUUUGUUGAGUAUUUCCUGCUAGCGACUGUCGAGAGAUGUGGUGCAUUUAAAACAGAUUUACAUGCAAGAUUACCGGUGACUAUUGUUAGAACUCCAUCAGAUAAUUCAGUUGAAGAAAGCGAACCAAUUGUGAUAUCUAAAGACUGGGAAGGCCGUUUAUUUUAUGAUAUAUUAAUUGCUUCAAAAGAUAUUAUUCUUGAUGCAUUUUUACCUAUACAUUUCUCAUUUUUACCAUCUGAUAAAGUCACUUUACAUAGAAUCCGUGUUUAUGUAACGGAAACUAUGGAAUAUUAUUGUAAGAAUAAAAAAGUACAUAGAAUGGAACCUACAAAAAAAUUCUUGUUAGCCGAAUUAAAUGGUCCUAAAUUGUCAAAUGCACCUGAUGAUAGUAAACCUUUAAAAGCUAAAUACAUGGGAAACCUUUUGGAAGAAGAUGGGUAUUUGGUUAACAAAGAUUUUGAAUUACAAGUCUUUAUUCCAAGUAGAUUUGGUAAUAACCAAUAUUUACAUCCAGAUACCGGAUUUGAAUACAUCAAAUCAAAUCAUUGGAUCAAAAUUUGCUUACGUUUAUCACAGGUUAUCGAUAAUAAAAGGAAACAUUAUGAGAUUUCUAUUGACUCUCCAAUUCAUGUACUAAAUAGAUUAUGUUCACAUGCUAAUAUUUUAUUACCAAGUUACGAUUCCCAUUUAUUGGCCAAUACUGUUAAUGUUACUAAUACAACUAAGGAUGAAUCCAAUUUUACUGAAAUUUCUUACCACAACUCCAAUAUAUUCUUUCCUAAAGAAAUUGUAAUAUCACCUCUUGUAUCACCAGAUGUGAAACCGUUGGAUAUUAAUUUAAAUUGUCCACCUAUUUCUCCUAUACCUAGAUCUACCAAGACAAUAACUGUCAAUAAUAAUGGAAUUGUUAUAUCAAAUAGUAAAUCAAAAUUCAAACACUAUCAAGAUGAUAAAGAUAUAAUCUCUACGGAUGCUGAAGUUUUCAAAUCUCCAAAAUUAAGAUCUAAUAUUUACCAACCAAAAAGCUUACAAAGAGAGUUAGCAUCUCCUCAAGCUAUUCCAUUAUCACCUAUUACAUCAUCAAGACGACUAUCUAAAGCGUCAAUUGUUGAUGACUUAAUAAGUUUGCAUAAUGCCAGUAAUGAAACACCACCUCCAUCUUUUGAUUCUAUUUGCAAAAAUUCAGGAAAGGAGGUAGAUAAAAUGCCAUCUAACCCUCCAAGUUAUGAAGAAGCGCUAAAGUUGAAAACAAAUAGUAUCACUGAUUAUCACACUAUAGUAAGUAUAAAAAAACAAAACAAUGUUAGAAACAUUCAGAGAAUUCCUAAAAUAGUUUUAAACAGAUCUCAGGAAUCCUUACUAGAUAAGUCCGAAAUAGAAACAAAUAUUGAUAAUGAAUUAGACAGUUGUUCCAUCCAUAAUGAUGAUACAGAUAUCAGCGAUAUUGCAUCUGGGUUUAGUUUCCAAGGAUCAUUACACUAUAAAUUUCCCUCAAUAUCCCCAAAAACUAAGAAUUUAGACACAUCAAGAUUUCAUAGACGAAGUAGUAUUAAAGAUAAUCUUCCAUCUACUAUAAGAACUGAUAAUACAUUAUUUACAGACUUAAAUGAAGUAUUAGGAAACAUGUCAGAGGAGGAAGGACAGGCUCAAUCCCCUAAAUCUUCAACAACUCCUCAGAUAAUGAACACAGAUAUUCAACCACCUCAUUCAAUUAUAAACAAUGUACAAGAUAUUUCCACUGCAUUGGAAGUGGAUCCAAACAAUACAUUGAAACCUUCAGUUUCUGCAGAUUCUUCUCAAGGUAAUAUAUCUGCAAGGUCAUCGUUUGAGACUUCAGGGUUUUCUCUACGCGCCAACGCAUCCACUAUGGAACCAUUAUUGCAACCAUUAAAAUCUAAUCAUACAACUAAUAAGAGUAUUGAUGAUUCUUUUCGACAAUCUUUUGAUUCAGUAAGCGAUUAUAUUGAAGAGCCUAUUAUAGAUUCGUCUGUAGAUCUAACCACAUUGUUUGAUAGAAACUCUAUAGGGUGGUUACCGUUACAAAUAGCAAAUAAUAAUCAUCCAGAAAUUUCAAAUUAUCAUUUAAAAUUGGCAAAAGGAAUUGAAACUAGAGAUUCAUUAUACUUGACACAAACUCCUGUAACAAGUAAUGAAACUUCUUCCAAUUGUGUCAAUCGGACAAAUGAAAAUAAUGAACCUAAACAUAUCAUGGAAUUUAAUAAUGAUAAAGAAAACUUCCCAAAGACAAUUGACGAAACAUUAGAUUAA